UACGACUUGAUAACGGAUUUUUGUGAAUGAGCGAGUGAGGUUGCGUUUGUGUCGUUUUUGGAAAAGGAAACAAUAUUUAAAGAAUGGCAGCUGCUUCUACAUCACUUUGGAUGGGAGAUUUGGACCCAUACAUGGAUGAAUCCUUCAUCUCUAUGGCUUUCAAACAGAUGGGUGUUGCUGUUAAAGGAAUUAAAGUCAUCAAAAGCAAAACAACAGGAUUGCCUGCAGGUUACUGCUUCAUUGAUUUUCAUGAUCAUGAAAAUGCUCACCAGGCCAUGCUAAAACUGAAUGGAAAGAACAUACCCAACAGUAGCCCUCCAAGACGUUUCAAGUUAAAUAGUGCCAGCUAUGGAAAGGAACAUCUAUCAACGCCGGAGUUUUCCCUCUUUGUUGGAGACUUGACAGAAGAAGUAGAUGAUUACACACUGUACCAGGCUUUCUCUAGACGCUUUAGGUCUUGCAGGUCUGCAAAAGUGGUUUUAGAGCCCGGUGGUAAAAGUAAGGGGUAUGGAUUUGUAAGGUUUACAGAGGAGACAGAUCAACAGAGAGCUCUUAUAGAGAUGCAACACAUGCAGGGAGUGGGGAAAAAGCCAAUACGAGUCAGUCUCGCCACCCCUAAAAGGCCCAUGGCCCAAGAUCCAAAUGCAGCAUACUAUGGAAACUACUAUGGCCAAAACUACUACAACAACCCGUAUUAUAACUAUUACGGAUAUAACGCAUAUAAUCAGUACUACGAUCAGUAUGGAGGCUAUAAUAAUUAUUACGAAAAUCCACAGGAAGAGGACCCAGAGGCUUUAGAAGAACCUGAGUUAGAAGUAGAUGUAUUCAGAUACAACAAGGAUUACAUGGAACAGAGUGAGGAAAUAUUUGAUGUGCUGGAACUUUCUCGAUGGACGCCACUUGAUUCUGUCAAUUCUAAACUCCCACCUGUGAAGUUGGUGUGACGUAUUACUUGGGGGAAAAAACUCAACUUUUUAAUGGCAACUUUGUUUUCCAAAUUUAUGGGACUAUCAUGUAAAAAGUUUGUUUACUGUAACAAAUGACCAAACUAAAGUGUUCUAAUUUUAUGAUCAAUGGUUUAAAUGAAGACUCGGAGAUUUUUUAAAAGUGAUUUAAGUUUAAGGGCAAUAAUUCAUAAUGUAUGAAUUUUGAAAUAAAAUUGAUGUAUAUCCAUA